CACGUACACUCACACGGACUCAUAUUCACGCACACAGAUUUUUUCUGUCAAUAUUCUUCAAUGCAGUUUACGCUCGUCCCUUUCGUUUACUACGCUGUGAUUAUCUUCAUCUACGCAAAUUGCGUUAUGGUGACUGGCGAGGCUUUUCAGCUGGUUAGCCAAACAUCCAUAGAAAAAGAGAUGGGCAGGAAAACGAGACGAAGAAAAUAAGAACAAUUUAUUUCAAGCUAGAUAGCGACAGAAAGAAAACCUGUUUAGGUGGUACGUUCAUCCUUUGGCACACAGCAUUCCUCACACCCAGGGGCCAAAGCUUCAGCUGGUAUAGGACCAAGCAGUUGUGUGGCAGAUUAUCAGCCUCUGUGUGACAGUGGACAAGUACCGAGGUCCAGCAUCUAUAGGAUCACAUGCUCUAAAACCAACUAUCUGAGACGUAUGGCAAUAAAUCCCAAUAAAGUAUAUAGUCAUCCUCGAAUAUCAAAUGUAAAUCAGGGGAACCUCUGGUUUUGAUAAACUCAAGACAUUCUUGCCGUCUAAGUCUGCACUGGAGUUGGGUGCAUGGGUGUUGUGCUGCUGACAGCAGGCUGUUGUCAUGGUGGACUGGUAUGUCUGAGACUGAAGCUAGCAUAGCUGUCCGGUUUCAUUUAGCAUGUUAGCAUAUGGCUAACCACAUAUGGUGACUGAUCAGGCCAUUAUCCUCUUCCCCUCCAUCUCCAUCUCUGGCCCCUACAAGGGGGUAUAAACUAGUUGGUAGUGGUGCCCCCUUACCCUGUCAUCUUUUCAUUUUUAUUUAAUUUAGUCAUCUAUCCAUCUCAUCCAGCAAUCAUCAGCUUUUGCUUUAUUUCAAUCUCAUCAGCCCUCAUCACUUUUUUUGCAGGACUAAGCACCGUGUAGCUCUGCCUAACUAAGCUCUAGUCCUUUAUGAUACUCACUUCUUUCCUUUGAAUUCAUCUCACAUCUGUCCCAAUUAAGCUUAAGUCACCACAGCUCAGUCCCUGCCCUCUUUACAGUCAAACCCCAAAGCCCUGUUCAAUACACAUUUUGGCCCACCGUAGACCACCCUAACGUCUGACCGAGUAGCCGAUAGGCAGUUGUUUUGGUAGUUGUUUUGGUUGCAUGGAAUCGGCUUAACCGUGGAGAGGCCAGGCUACCACAAACUGAUGGACUUUGACAAGCGAGGAGUAGGAGGGGGAGGUGGUGGAGGGGGAGGUGGUGGGGGAGGGAAGGGGGAGACAGAGGAGGGGAAGAGAAUGCCUGGGAAGACAGGGAGCCGAUCUGGGCACGGUGGCCGGGGCGCCAGCUCCAACUCCGGGGUUCUGAUGGUUGGACCAAACUUCCGGGUCGGUAAGAAAAUCGGCUGUGGGAACUUUGGAGAGCUACGACUUGGAAAGAACCUGUACACCAAUGAAUACGUGGCUAUCAAACUGGAGCCUAUCAAGUCGCGGGCGCCACAGCUCCACCUAGAAUAUCGCUUCUACAAACAGCUGGGAAGUUCAGAGGGCGUACCACAGGUGUUUUACUUUGGGCCAUGUGGUAAAUACAAUGCUAUGGUUCUGGAGCUGCUUGGACCCAGCUUAGAAGAUCUGUUUGACCUCUGUGACCGAACCUUCUCUCUAAAGACUGUACUCAUGAUAGCCAUACAACUGAUAACCCGUAUGGAGUUUGUCCACACCAGAAGCCUGAUCUAUCGAGACGUGAAGCCUGAGAACUUCUUGGUGGGCCGACCCGGCUCCAAACGGCAACACACCAUCCACAUCAUAGACUUUGGCCUAGCAAAAGAAUACAUAGACCCAGAGACCAAGAAACACAUCCCAUACAGAGAACACAAGAGUCUGACUGGAACGGCUAGAUAUAUGAGCAUCAAUACCCAUCUGGGGAAAGAGCAAAGCAGGCGGGAUGACUUGGAAGCUCUAGGCCACAUGUUCAUGUAUUUCCUGCGAGGCAGCCUACCCUGGCAGGGACUCAAGGCUGACACUCUGAAAGAACGUUAUCAGAAGAUAGGAGACACGAAGAGAGACACACCAAUAGAGGUCCUCUGUGAAAACUUUCCAGAAGAGAUGGCCACCUACCUGCGGUACGUGCGUCGGCUGGACUUCUUCGAGAAGCCUGAUUACGACUAUCUGAGGAAACUCUUUACGGACCUCUUUGACAGAAACGGAUAUAUCUUUGACUACCAGUAUGACUGGACUGGAAAGCCGCUGCCCACUCCUAUUGGUCCAGUGGCCAGUGAGACUCCACUUCCAGCAAGCAACCGAGAAAAAGCACCGCAGACCAAAAACCAGUCUCCAGAGGGGAAAGGCAGUGAGUCGCAGCCCACUCCAGUGACCAAUCGAGAGCUGCUGGGCUCCCACCUCACUGCUGAUAGGCUGGGCGGGUCCGUCCAGGUGAUGAGUUCAACCAAUGGGGAGCUCAAUACAGACGACCCCACUGCAGGACACUCCAACGCACCAAUCACAGCCAAUGCAGAGGUGGAAGUGGCUGAUGAUACCAAGUGCUGCUGUUUCUUCAAGAGGAGGAAGAGGAAAGUGCUCCAGAGACACAAAUGAAAACGAGAGACGAGAGAGAAACCCUGGGGUUUUUUCUCUCUCUUUCUUUCUUUCUCUAGCCCUCUUCAUAUAGCCCUCCCUUUAUUCCUCCCUCAGUCCCCCUCUGACCCUCCUUCUCUGCUGUCCGAGGUCCUGUAGUUUACCUUGGGUCGGCUGGACUGGCUGGGCCACUGGGCAGCAGGAUAUGCUAAGGUGAUCUACUGGUUUCUACCGCUCUGGAAUGACCCUCAGACAGUAGCGUGUUUACGGUUCCAUCUCGCAGCUUUAAUUGUGGACUAGCUGUGCCAACGGUGAAGUCUUCAUGUAUUUAUGGUCACAAACUGAACUGAAACUGGAUCAACACAGACUGCGAAACAGUGGCCACAAACAGUCGAGAUACUGUAAAAGACAAGCUGACUUUUUACUGGCAGACUGGCUAGUUCUCUAUUUGUGUUUUUUAUUUUUUUUUUCUUCCUUACUGACUGGUUCAGAGGACAGAGAAGUGUAUUUCUAAAGGAGAUACAGAAGAGAGGACAAGAAAAGGACGGGAAGCAAUGAGACUGUCGGACCACACGUGCACACAAAACAUGCACACACACACACACAUAUGUACAAACACGCUGCACACUUUCUCAAGCUCAUCCUAAAGACACUUCAUGGACAAACAGAUGCAGCUGUCGCACAUAGUCUAUAAAGUUUUUAUUCCCGAGGGUCAAAGGAAGUACAGCGUGACCGGCUUGGUCUAUUUCCAGGAACGGAUUGGGCUCGGUGUACUUCUCAGACACACUCACCCUCAGAGGAAAACCUCACAACCACCAGAAUCAAAAGUUAAGAAAGAUGUUUAUGUGAAGACUAUGCUUUUUCCUGUUUUAAUUUGUAACUAAAAAAAA